CAGUUGUGUGUGAAACAGCGGAGGGGCAGGUCGCUCAUUCCCGUGAAAACGUUCGCGUUUUGCCGAUACAAUAUGUGGCACUUCAAAAUUAGCAACAAAUGUUCAACGUGACUUCAAAACCCGCCAUAGAAUACAAAAUGGCCGCCUGUCCCUCUGAUUCUGUAAAUAAUCCCGUGACGUACUCUCAGUGCCACGACGCCAUCUUGAAUUCGGAAUUUAAAUUUGAAAUUUUCUUUUUCUAUGCUAAUGUUGUUUUUGGUGUCUUGAAGAGUGUUUUUGAAUUUUUCUACGGACAUUAUGCAGUGAUCCUAUUUGUUACUAUUCUAUAUUGUUUAGUGUAUGUAACUUACAAAGCUUUUUGGAAUCACACGCUAUAUUCUAAGGAAUUAACGGAGACCGGCUUUGAUCACAUACCCGAAGGCCCUGACAGAGACAGGCGUAUCGCCCGCGCACAGCUGGCGAGGCGGAUGGGGUCCAAAAUACCACCACCAUACCCCAACGGGUGGUUCGCGGUGGCCGAGAGCCGGGACCUUAAGAUCGGAGACGUUAUCUCUGUUGAUGCUCUUGGUCAAAAUCUUUGCGUGUACCGAGGGGAAGAUGGCGUCGCUCGCUGCGUCGACGCGUAUUGCCCGCAUUUGGGGGCCAACCUCGCCAUCGGUGGAACAGUUUGCGGCUCGUGCAUCGAGUGCCCGUUUCAUAAGUGGAAGUUUAAUGCAGAUGGUGCUUGUGUGAGCGUGCCGGGCGUUGAACAUGCACCAAAAGGCGUAUCCAUCAAAACCUGGACGACAGUGGAGGCGGAUGGUGCUGUCUGGAUCUGGUAUGAUGCUGAAGGUCGUGAACCACUGUGGAGUAUGAGUGAUUCACCGCAAAUGAAGACUUUCGGCUACCGUGGCAGAAACGAGUUUAUAGUCAGCGCACAUAUUCAGGAAAUACCUGAAAAUGGCGCCGACGUGGCUCAUUUAAAUGCUGUUCACUCGCCAUCUUUAGUCUCCAGUUUGGGAGAGAAAUUCCCCAUGUUAUAUAACCUUAUUGGUAGGCACGUGUGGAGGGCAGAAUGGUUAAAAGGCGAAGAUCACACCGCAGUAAUGAACCUUGUGCACGACUACAAAGUGCUCAAAUUCGAUCUAGCGCAUACUGAGGUUAAAGUUAUUCAGAACGGGCCGGGACAAGUAAAGUUGCUAGUCGACACAGCCGUGGGUCAGAUAUACGUAAUGCAGUCGGUGACGCCGCUUGGCCCGCUGCUGCAGAAGGUUGUGCACCGAAUGUACUCUCCAGUCUACAACGCGCCGAUCGCUUCCUUCUUCGUCAAAUAUGAAGGAGUUAUGUUCGAACGCGACGUCAAGAUAUGGAACAGCAAACGGUUCGUCAGCGCGCCGGCGUACGUGAGAUCUGACAAAGCAAUAAGAUCAUUCCGUUCGUGGUUCGCUCAGUUUUACAGCGAAAACAGCGUCAGUUUUCGUAACGCGUUACAAAAUCCUUUAGAUUGGUGAUUUACUUGUUUUAAUUAAUCAGAUUUAUUGACAGUAGGCCGAAUCGAUAGGUUCAACUUCGAUGCGCUCUCAAGUGCGGGAUUGACCCUCUGUUGCGCUCUCAAGUGCGGUGUUGAGACGCUGUCCAAUUAAUUUUUCAGCAUCUUAAGAUAGCCGCUGUAUUAAACACAUAUUAACUGACGCAUAAAAUAUGUGAAUAUCUUAAGUCAAAAUAUGUAACGUAUUUUGUCAGUUGAGUUUUUUUUAUGUAACAGCGGUGACUCAGCUGAGAGGAUGCACUCAAAUGACAGCUUAAGCUUCAUUUAUCAUUGGUUGAAAAGCUAAUUGACUUAGGCGACAUUUUUACGACACUAAGUUUCAAACAUAUUUAAAAUCAGCUCUUUUUUCUAUGUUUUUUUUAAACUAGUUCUUCUUUUAAAAAUGGCUCCACCGUUUCAUCUAUGAUUUUGCCAAUGUCGAAAGGGUAAUUAAAACCUUGACAUAAGUUUAUUAAAGUAACUUUCGACCGGAGUGAACUAAGAAAAGACACAAACAUGAAACGACAAAGAGCAAUUGGGAUAACAUAUUUGACAUUAGUAUAGGCUGUAGAACCAAGCACACGUAAUUACAGAAGCGGUCAGCAGAGAUCAGUCCCGGAUCUUGAAUUUUUUGAAGGCGGGGCAAAAUCUGGUUAAUGCCGCCCCCGACCACCUAUAUUUUUACUUUUGUCAUCAUCAUUUCGCGUCCCGCGGGAAAUAAUUUAUGUGUAAUGGACUGGGUGUCUCAGUAGUCGAAGUUGCGUUAAUGAUGAGUCUUGUAUUCGUCUGCCAAGUUUGAAUUUGCCGCCCGAGGCUCGGGCCCUUACUUGCUCCUCCAUAGAUGCGGAGCUGGCACAGAUAAGAUAAACUAGUUACAUUUUUCCGAAAGAAGAUGUCGCUUAAGUCAAUUAGCAUUUCAACCAUCGAAAUAGUUCUUUAUAUAGACGUCUACUUGAGAUUUCACUCAAAGUUGAGAUUGUUGAGAUUGUGUUAUUAAUGGCCCUACGUCAUUGUUUUGCCGUAGCGAUGUUUGUUAUGACAACUCUUAUGGGUUUGUUUUAGUUGCUCACAGUUCAUGACUAAACUAAUCGGUGUUUUUGGUUAGUGAAAAUCUGCAACCCAAGUACGAAUGCUCACGUUGUAGUAUAUAUUAUUAUUUCGAAGGAAUUUUUCGUAUGGAAAGGAUAUUCCAAAAACAGUUUUAUAUUCGACAAAAAAAUUUAACGAUAAUUUAUAUACAUAUAUUUGGACAGAGUUUUUAAAAACGAGCUUAUUGCAAUGAAUAAUUUAUUCAGUUUUUGAGAUAUUUGUAAUUUUAUUUUACUUAAUAAUUAAACUUAAAAUGAACGCUUUCAUAAUACAAAAGCUAUAGCAUUGGAACGCUAACAUUAUUUUUGUUAUAAAUUUAAGUGUUGAAAUUAUUCUUUUAACGAUUCCAAGCUCCACAUUUUCGCUACUUUAUUAUCCAAUACAUUUGAGGUUGGUUCUAAAUUGUUCGAAAUAAAUAACCAGAGUUCAUAUAAAAAGCGGACAUGUCCUUUGAGUUAAUAGUAAUUCUUAUUCGUGCUUGGGUUACAAAAUAAACUGUAAAAAUGGACUAAUCAGAAUAAAGUUUGAUAUAUUGACAGAUGACAGUUUAAUUACCAGUUUUGAUAAAGGUACAUAGCGAUAGUGAUUUCUUGAUUGUGACCUUAGUCGCUAGAUGGCGUUGUACACAUGUUUGUGAUAUUUAAAAUAUACGUUAUUUAUUGUGUUUAAAAUGGAUUUGUUUUUAAAUAAGUUAAUAUUAAAGGCGCCAUAUGCUGGUCAUAAAGCUACGUGGAAUGCAAACGACCGAUUUUUGACGGUGAACUAUUUUCAUUCGACGAUUUUAGCCUUACUUACGUACAAUUUACGAUUAUGUUCGGUCGUCUAUUUUACACGUAAAACUGUAGUUUUAUUGAUACGAGAGAGUAAAUAGAUUUUAAAAAUGUAUCAGUCUAUAUUGUUUGGAAAUAUUUAUAAACUUUUAUGCAAUUAAUACAACUUUUUUACUUUAUAUGCGGCACUAUAUGUAAUGUUGGUCACAACAGUGUCGGAUAUAAAUAGGGUUGCCAACCUUACUAUAAUAUAUAGUAUUGUAGUAAAUUUUGGGUCUGCCUACUAUACUAUUGGAGAAAUAUACUUAUAGGACGCAAAAAUUACUAUAUUUUCAACACCUAUAGCUAACAAACAAAUCCUUCAUUUUGAAAAUAUAUGAACGCUCCUUCACAAUUUCUUUUGAGUGAUGGGACAGCGUGUAUCCGAACUUUUAAAGAAAUAAAUCCGUAACAAAUAUAUUUAUCUAUUUUUUUGCUUUUUCCAUAAAAUAAUAAUAUCAGC